UAGUUGGAUUUGUAUUUUUCCAUUUUUUUCCUAAAAUUUGUCUAAAGAUAUGAUUUAGGAAGUCCAUUAUAGAUGCUCUUAUAAGUUUUUUCCCUUUUUAGUUGGAGUUGUUUAUUAGGUUCAACCAAAUAAACCCAACAUGUUUGUGAAAAUGAUGAAGGUUAGGUGUAUGGUACGGAGGGAAAUGACAUUUUUAUGUAGUAAUUUUUUUAUUUUUUUAUUUUUUUAUUUUAUGUGUAUGGUACGGAGGGAAAUGACAUUUUUACCGUUGCAUAAAGUCAAAUCCAUGUGUUGUGUGAAGAAAUUGACCAAAAUUUACAAAUGGCUGCCCUGGGAUUGAAACAGUUUGUAAAUUAUAGAGAAUAAAUUCAAUGUAAUUAAAACUACUUAAUAAAAGAAAUUGACUUUUUUUAAAAACUUCAAUCCUAAUAGUGUAUGUGAGAAAUCUCUCAUCUUGUAGUUUACGCUAUCGAUUGUAUUUGUAUUAAAAACUUUAUCUAUCCAUUAGAUUAGGCUAUGUCCCAUGAUCCCAUCCCAUUGCACAUUUAAUUUUGUUGAAUAAAUAAAAUCGUCAAGCACACGUACGAAUAUUUAUGGGACAAAAUAAAACAAAUAAAAAAAUCGCCGGAUGGUUUUAUUUUAGCCAUAGUAGGCUCUGGUGUAUGAGUUUUCGGAUCCUAUUUCACACUCUAGAGGAUUAACAAGAGAGAAACGAGCUGUCGAGUUUACAAAUUAAAAAAAUAAGGUUGUCCGUUGAAAAUUAUUUCGAUAUCUCCCAUAUUCCCAACCCAUUACAACACAAUCUCAAACCAAGAAAGGAAUUUCAACAACGACGACCAGAACCUUUUUCCUUCGACGCUUCCUUAUCAUUUUCCUGAAGAACCAGACAACCCAGUUUCUUGCUCUGAGACCCAAUUCCUCGUUUUCGAUCUGAUUCCAAAAAACCCCCCAAAAGUUGUGAUUUUUGGUCCUUUGCACGGCCUUCGCUUCUGUUCUUAGGGCGCCUUCAGCUCUUGGUUGGAGACAGCAAUCCGAUUGCGUCGAAUACAGCUCCAGUUGCGCGAGGGGUCGUGAAGUUUGAAUUUUUUGAACAAAAUCAGAACGGCCUUGUUCAUCGAUGUUUGCGUUUGUUUGGCUGAAGACUUGACAUGUUUCUGCUUCAGUUAAUGCCUAUAUUCUAGGAGGCUGAUUGUGUCAGAAACAUAGAAAUUAUCUGUUUGAGUUUAGAUGGGAACCCAAUUUACCAGAUGGAUAAUGAAACAGCCCCAUCAACAUUUCUUGGCUGUCCGGUUGAAAACAACCUCAUCUCAGUAUGUAGCAUCAAGAGCCAGAGAUCCCACGUUUGAGAAACUAAUGGAUAAGUACAAGAACCUUCUCAAAGUCAUUGCUGUCCAAGAUCUCAUCCUAGCAAACCCCAUCAACCCUGCAGUAUCCCUUGAUUUUCUCUCCAGGCUCUCUCAAAAGCUCCAUCUCAACCGUGGUGCAGUCGCCUUCCUCCGCAAAUACCCUCACAUUUUCCACAUUUACCAUGAUCCCAUGAAGUCUCAGACCUUCUGCAGAUUAACUGAUGCUGCUAUUCAAAUUUCUAAAGAAGAAGCAGAGGUCAUCAAUGCCUCGUUGCCGCUUGUUGUUGAUCGAUUGGUUCGACUUCUAUCAAUGUCUCGUUCCAGGAUGUUGCCACUCCGUGCCAUUUUGAAAGUUGGCAGGGAACUUGGGCUUCCUGAUGAUUUUGAGGAUUCUGUAAUAUCCAGAAACUCCCAUCUUUUUCAACUUUGUGAUGCUCAUGAGCCCAAUACUCACAACUUGAAACUGUUUGAUGUAAUUCCUGAAAAGUUUACUGCAGCGGUUGAGAACUGGAGGGUAGAGGAAUUUUGCAAGGAGGGUUGCAAUGUCGAUAGGGCUGAAAUUCAGUUUAGUUUUAAACAUGGGUAUCCUCCAGGGAUGAGGUUAAGAAAGAAUUUUAGGGCCAAGGUUAAGGAAUGGCAGAGGUUGCCAUAUGUGGGACCAUAUGAUGAGUUGUCUGAGAAGAAGAGGUCAUCUAAGGCAGGAAUGAUGGCUGUGGAGAAACGGGCAGUUGCAACUGUUCAUGAAUUCUUGAAUUUGACAGUAGAGAAGACAGUUGAAGUGGAAAAAAUCAGCCAUUUCAGGAAAUGGUUUGGCUUUGAUUUGAAUAUAAGGGAUUUGUUCUUGGAUCACCCUGGGAUGUUUUAUUUGUCGACCAAGGGAAAGAGACACACCGUUUUUCUGAGAGAAGCUUAUGAGAGGGGGUGUUUGAUUCACCCAAAUCCAGUUUAUCAUGCAAGGAGAAAGCUUCUGGAUCUUGUAGUUUUGGGACGUCAUGGCUUGUUAACUGAUGAGCUGAGGUCCAUUGCUAGUAACAAGAAGGCUGAGUCACUGGGACAGUACGAUGGAGAAUCCUGUAUCUCUGAUUAAUUAGUACAUUUUUCCCUUCCUGUGAACCUGAUAAAGUUUAAGACUUUACUUGUCAGAACUUAUUCAGUUUUGAUCUUCUUAUAGUGUGACCGUUAAUGUCGAUGAUUCACUUUUAUUUGGCUGAAGAGAUGAUGCGAUUCAUUGUAUUAAUGUGUGGCCUUGAAGAAAUUUUGCGUUUAUUUGGACA